AUGGAGGCCGUCUUAGAGACAGGAAUGACAUUCGUGUCGAGCCUCACAAUGAGGGACAUGUUGGCUUUGGCCGUUUCCACGACUCUUCUGGUGCCAAUCACUUGGAUGAUCUAUAACCUCUAUUUUCACCCGCUGGCGCGCUUCCCUGGACCCUUUUGGCACCGUGCUACACGUCUUGCAUACGUUAUCAAAAUGAACAAAGGAACACUUGCUUUCGACGUGCUUCCUAUGCAUAAGAAGUACGGUCCCGUUGUUCGAAUUGCGCCUAACGAACUCUCCUUUCAAACUCCCCAGGCAUGGAAAGAUAUUUAUGGUCAUCGGACCGGCACCGCUGCCGGAGCUGAGGAAAUGGACAAGUAUCAUACAUUCUACCGUACCAAGGGAGAGGUUCUCAGCAUCAGCUCAGGAGGUCGCGAGUAUCAUGGAAUUCUUCGUCGUCAAUUAGCAUACGGAUUCAGCGACCGCGCCAUGCGCGAGCAGGAGCCUAUCAUUGGCAGUUACAUUGAUUUGCUGAUCAAGAGACUCCAUGAAAACUGCGUUGAUCCCAACGUGAAGGAUCCCAAGACAGGAAACCCAGCGGAGAAAAUGCUAAACAUGGUCUCCUGGUACAAUUGGACCACAUUUGAUGUGAUUGGUGAUUUGGUCUUUGGCGAGUCCUUUGGAUCGCUUGAAAAUGGAAACUAUGACCCUUGGGUAGCCGCUAUCAAUGACUCUAUCAAAUUCCUUGGUGUUAUCAAUGGAGUCAAGCAUAUGGGUCUUGAAUCUCUGUUCAUUUGGGUUGUUAAAAAACUUAAUACCGGCCGCCGUGAGCACACAGAUCGAUUGGUCAAGAAGCUUCAGAAACGUAUCAAUCUCGGCGUUGAGCGUUUAGACUUGAUCGAAGGCUUGCUACAGAAGAAAGAUGAAUGGAACCUAUCUAUUCACCACCUUGAAGCCAACGGAAGUAGCAUCUUGAUUGCCGGUUCAGAAACAACAGCUACAAUGUUGAGUGGUGUUACCUAUAUGCUCCUUACACACCCAGAGGCCCUCCGCAAAGUUACCAAAGAAGUGCGCACCACUUUCAAGUCCAGCGAAGAGAUCACAUUGACAUCUGUCAGUUCUCUUACGUAUAUGCUUGCCUGCUUGAAUGAGUCACUGCGUGCUUACCCUCCUGUCCCUUUUGGCAUGCCUCGCCAGGUUCCAAAGGGCGGAGCCACCAUUGCCGGAGAAUAUGUCCCAGAAGACACCGUCGUCGCUAUUUGGCACUGGGCUGCCUACCAUAACGACCAGCUAUGGACCGAUCCAUUCGGCUAUCAUCCAGAGCGCUAUCUCCACGAUCCCAGAUUUGCUAAUGAUGCUUUUGCAAUCCACAAUCCAUUCUCCCACGGGCCCAGAAAUUGCAUUGGAAGACAUUUGGCAUACGCAGAAAUGAGACUUGUAUUGGCGCGCCUCCUUUUCGAUUUUGAGAUGCGUUUGGCAGAUCCUGACUUAGACUGGUUGAACCACAAAUCUUAUGUGCUGUGGUCGAAGCCAGCUUUGAACGUAUAUUUGACUCCUCGUGAAUUUUAA